AACCAUCUCUACACUAAGAAUCUCUCUCCCCCCAUCUCUCUCCUUCCAGAACGCACGCACAAAGAGCAGAGUCAUGGAGGUCACACCAAACCACACCCAGACCGUGGCUGGGUGGGCGGCCAUGAACGAGUCUGGCAAGGUCGAGCCCUUCAUCUUCAAAAGAAGGGAAAAUGGCAUGGACGACGUGACUAUCAAGGUGCAGUACUGCGGCAUGUGCCACACUGACCUCCAUUUCAUCCAAAACGACUGGGGCAUCACCAUGUACCCUGUCGUCCCCGGCCACGAGAUCACCGGCGUCGUCACCAAGGUUGGCACCAACGUCCUUGGCUUCAAGGUCGGCGAUCGUGUCGGCGUGGGCUGCAUCUCUGCGUCGUGCCUCGACUGCGAGCACUGCCGCCGCUCCGAGGAGAACUACUGCGACAAGGUCACACUCACCUACAACGGUAUCUUUUGGGAUGGCAGCGUCACGUACGGCGGCUACUCGAACAUGCUCGUGGCGAACAAGAGGUUCGUGGUGCGGAUCCCAGACAACCUGCCGCUGGACGCGGCGGCGCCGCUGCUGUGCGCGGGUAUCACGGUUUACAGCCCGAUGAAGCAGCACGGCAUGCUGCAGUCUGGUGGGAGCCUCGGCGUCGUCGGGCUGGGCGGGCUCGGCCACGUCGCGGUCAAGUUCGGCAAGGCAUUCGGCCUCCGCGUCACUGUCAUCAGCACGUCGCCGGCCAAGGAGCGGGAGGCCAGGGAGCGCCUCAAGGCCGACGACUUCAUUGUCAGCACCAACCAGAAACAGAUGCAGGCCAUGACCAGAAGCCUCGACUACAUCAUUGACACUGUCUCGGCGAAGCAUUCGCUGGGUCCGAUCUUGGAGUUGCUCAAGGUGAAUGGCAAGCUAGUACUCGUCGCAGCGCCAGACCAGCCCGUCGAGCUUCCAUCUUUCCCUCUCAUCUUUGGGAAGAGAACGGUGAGUGGGAGCAUGACGGGAGGGCUGAAGGAGACGCAGGAGAUGCUGGACCUGUGCGGCGAGCACAACAUAACCUGCGACAUCGAGCUCGUUUCGACAGACGAGAUCAACGAGGCGCUGGCCCGGCUGGCUCGCAACGACGUCCGCUACCGCUUCGUGAUCAACAUCGGGGGCAACGCAAAGCUCUAGUUGGUGAUUGCUGUGCUGUGUCAUCAUCAGCAUGCAGUGAAGGUCACUAGAGGAGCAGUGGUUGGUGAUGUGGGCCACAUUCGACGACUUCCUUGUUGGCAAUUUUCAAUGGAGAUUUCAUAAUAGUUUCGUUUUCAUUUAAUAGAGUGAUAAAUAAGCAAUUUAGAUGAUACGACAAAAUUUAAAAGAAGAGAUGGAACAAGUUCCAUCUAGAUGAAACCCCUUAUAUUGAGCA